AUGCCGGAAAAUGCAAAUCACAGUCCAAGAAUCUCAUUUUCAGACGACUUUUGCUACACUGGCUCCAUACCAAUCGAGCAAAGCCCAUUAAGACCUCCGUCGGAAUAUUCCAGCUUGAAUUUCGAUUUCUCAAUUCCCGGCGGCGUAAUCUCCGGCGAGAGCUCGUGGUCCGCCGAAGAAUUUUUCAACGACGGCAUGAUCCUCCCCACAGAAAUCAAAAAGUGUCCAGAACCGGGGAAAGAUAAAACCAGUUUACUCAAACCGGAGAUGAAUCCAAUCGGAGCUGUUAAACCGGUUCAUGAAAUAGAAGAAAUCGAUGAAUACGAAGAAGUAGCGGUGAUCGAAGAGAGACCCAAUGGACAGACGUUUAUGGGGUUUAAGAAAAUCAAAAAGAGACGCGAACUGGGGAUAUAUGAAACCGGUUUGAUCAAACCGGAUACGAAUCCAAUCGGAGAUGUUAAACCGGUUGUGGAAAUCGAAGAAAUCGAGGAAGAUGAAGUAGCAAAGGUGACAGAAGAGAAACCCAAUACAUUAUCGUUUUGGGGGUUUAACAAAAGAAGCAACAGUCUCAAAUCCGAGUUUGGUUUGCCUUUGCUUUCGAAAAACCCGACCGGUUCGAAUUCUAAACAGACAGAAACUAAGAAGCUUCAGGUUUCGUCGUCUCUUUCUUCUUUUUCUUCGUCUUCUUCUUCUUCAAACUGUAGUUUUCAGCAGCAGCCAUUGAAGGAGAAGAACUAUAGAGGUUACAAUUACGGUGGCAAUGGAGGAGGGAUUAGGGUGAAUUCGAUUCUUGAUAUGAUUCCGUCGGGGAGUUUGUUUGGUUUGAGAUCGAUAAUUCUCGGUAGUGGAAGUGAAACAAGAAGAGUUCAAUGA